AUGGCGCCACCAAAAGAUAAGAAGGCUAAGAGAUCUACUUGGAAGUUUGACCUUGACCUUACUCAUCCAGUCGAAGAUGGAAUCUUCCCUAGUGUUGUAUUUUUUUCAAAAUAGGAGCAAUUCUUGAAGGAAAAAAUUAAAGUCAAUGAAAAAACAGGGAACCUAGGGAAUGUUGUUCAUAUUGAACGCUUCAAGAAUAAGAUCACAGUUGUGUCUGAGAAACAGUUCUCUAAAAGAUACUUAAAAUAUCUUACCAAGAAAUAUCUCAAGAAGAACAAUCUUUGUGAUUGGCUUCGUGUGGUUGCAUCGGACAAGGAAACUUAUGAACUUUGUUAUUUCCAGAUUAGUCAAGAUAAGGAAGGUUUUGAAUCUGAAGAUUAA